AUGAUGUCUUUGAGUCUCCUUAGACGCCUUCCGCGGGCGGUUCCUGUUCCCCGGCCUGCUAGAGUCACAGCACGAUGGAGCAGUUCGUUAUCGCAGCGUCCGGGGUCGGAUCGUGUCCAAUUUCCAGGUGCCGUAAACAGCAAAUUCACAACCGACAUGGCGUUUAUGAAGCCCUCUGAUAUGCCCUACAUUCCGACCUACAGAGUCAUGGAUUCGGAUGGUGUGCUGGUUGGCAAGGAUAAAGAACGACCUGUUAAUGUCUCAGAUGAAGAGAUCCUGACGUGGUAUAAGAAUAUGUUAAGUGUGAGCAUUAUGGAUGGAAUCAUGUUCGAGGCACAAAGACAAGGUCGUCUAAGCUUCUAUAUGGUAUCCGCAGGUGAAGAAGGCAUCAGUGUCGGAUCCGCAGCAGCAUUGACCCCAGACGAUACGGUAUUCGCACAAUAUCGAGAGGCAGGAGUCUUUCAACAGCGUGGUUUUACCUUAAAAGACUUUAUGAGCCAGCUUUUCGCCAAUAAAAAUGAUAGCGGCAAGGGCCGAAAUAUGCCCGUGCAUUACGGAUCAAACUAUCCUCGCAAUCACACCAUUUCCUCCCCCCUAGCAACCCAAAUCCCUCAAGCCUCCGGGGCAGCCUAUGCGCUCAAACUCCAAGCCCUCCAAAACCCUAACAUCCCACCCCGUAUCGUCGCCUGCUACUUCGGCGAAGGCGCCGCUAGCGAAGGCGACUUCCACGCCGGCCUCAACAUUGCCGCCACCCGUUCGUGUCCGGUUGUCUUCGUCUGCCGCAACAACGGCUAUGCAAUCUCCACCCCAACUCUGGAACAAUACCGCGGUGACGGCAUUGCCAGCCGCGGCCUGGGCUAUGGAAUUGACACGAUCCGCGUUGAUGGGAACGACAUUUUUGCCGUCUACGAAGCAACACGGGAAGCGCGCCGGAUUGCCCUCGAAGACGGCGGUAAACCAGUCCUCGUCGAAGCAAUGAGCUACCGCGUCUCCCACCACAGCACAAGUGACGAUAGUUUUGCGUACCGGGCCCGCGUGGAAGUUGAAGACUGGAAACGCCGCGACAACCCAAUUAUCCGACUGCGGAAGUGGCUGGAGAACCAGGGGUUAUGGAACGAGGAUCUCGAGCGGGAUACCCGGAGUCAAAUGCGGAAGGCUGUCUUGCAGGAGUUUGGAGCCGCAGAGCGUGAGAAGAAACCGCCUAUCAGGGUUGCUUUUGAGGACGUUUAUGAAGAGGUUACCGAGGAGGCGCAGGCGCAGAUGAAGGAGCUUCGGAGGAUUCUGGAGACGUAUCCAGAGGAGUAUGAUGUGCGGCAGUAUGAAGAUGGGGUGAAUAGUCUGUAG